AUGCAGAGACUGGGUUUUAGGAGAUGGUUCGGUUUAUCGCUCCAAUAUAAUAUUCGUCAAUUUCAACGAAGUUAUCAUAAUAUUGAAUACCCACAUCUUAAGAGACUGAAUAAUUCUCCAUAUGUACGCUUAAAGCCCGUAACAAAUUUGAGAGCAGGUAAUAAUGCAGAAUUUGUUACAUCAGCAAAUUCAAAAUUACAAUCUUUAAUAUGGCAUACUCCAGUACAGAACGUAUUUGUUACGAAGAAACCGUGGACUCCCUCGACUAGAGAAGCAAUGGUUGAAUUUAUUGAAUAUUUACAUGAUAAAUACCCCUCGAUUAAUGUGAUUGUGCAACCUGAUGUUGCAGAAGAAAUUUCGCAAGAUUUUAAAGCACCAAUGAACAAUGAUCCAAAUAGACCUCAUGUGUUGUAUACAGGUACACCUGGAAAUAUUGUAAAUAAGACAGAUUUAUUAGUUACAUUAGGUGGUGAUGGUACCAUUUUACAUGGUGUUUCAAUGUUUGGAAAUGAACAAGUACCACCUGUAUUAGCCUUUUCAUUAGGAACAUUAGGUUUUUUAUUACCCUUUGAUUUUAAAGAAUAUAAGGAAGUAUUUGAAAGAGUAACAUCUUCGAGAGCUAAAUGUCUUCAUAGAACAAGAUUAGAAUGUUGUGUAAUUAGAAAAGGUCAAGAAGAUACUCCAAAAGUUUUACAUGCAAUGAAUGAUAUUUUUUUACAUAGAGGGAAUUCACCACAUUUAGCUAAUUUAGAUAUUUUCAUUGAUGGUAACUAUUUAACAAGAACAAUAGCUGAUGGUGUCGCAUUAGCUACCCCCACAGGUUCUACAGCAUAUUCAUUAUCUGCAGGUGGUUCAAUUGUUUCACCUUUAGUUCCAUCAAUCUUAUUGACUCCAAUUUGUCCUAGAUCAUUAUCAUUUAGACCAUUAAUUUUACCACAUUCUUCACAUAUUGUUAUUAAAGUUAGUUCUAAGAUUAAUCAACGUGUAACAAAUAAUGUGGUAAAUUUAUCUGUUGAUGGGAUCCCUCAAGAAGAUUUACAUGUUGGUGAUGAAAUACAUGUUGUAAAUGAAGUUGGUACAAUAUAUAUGGAUGGUACGAAAUUACCUAGUAUGAAGAGAGGUACAAAGACAAAUGAAAAAGAUACACAAACUUUCCAAAAUACAAAGGAUUCAAAACAGAAAAAGGAUCAAUCGGGGAUUUAUUGUGUUGCAAAAUCUGAAAAUGAUUGGACUAAAGGUAUUAAUGAAUUAUUAGGUUUCAAUUCAAGUUUUAGAUUUACUCGUAGACAAAAAGACAAUUGA